AUGUCCAAUUCUCCAUCGACUGGAUUUCAAUUGGAGCCGGCAGUUCGCACAACAGACUACAAUCACGACGAGGCUGGACCACAAGGCUCGCCCGAUCAUCAUUUACUCGACGGCGGAAAACCUACCGAAAAAAGUGGUGAGAGUGACCGUCCUUUUGUAGAAGACAAUACUACAAGCCUCAGUGCAACGAUAUCCGCUCCCAAUAGCGCGCAAACCAAUUUAAGCACCACCUCAACCCAGUUUCCGUUGUCCGCCGCUGUCGCUGUGCCAGAGUUACCUACCGCGACAGGUCACGUGGGUGGAGGUGAUUUAGAGCCUGAAAUUAAAAGACUGACAACAAUAACAACAGGAAACGACCAACGGCCAGAACAGCCUAAACAACAGCAAGGAAUAGCAACCGCUAAUACUCUUUCAGUAGACACCAAGGGAUCUGCAAACGGCUCCCCUUCCAUUUUUGAGAAUCCUAACGCCACUGCUACUGUGCGUCAGCUUGUGUCUCAAGUGGAUAACCAAUCCGACGCCAUUGCCCUACUGAAAGAAAAGCUUCAGCAAGUGGAGAAUUCUGCGUGUACCACCGACGAGGGUCUCAACGAGCUUCUCGGAAACUUGACUUCAUCGACCAGAAGUCUUGCUCAUAACCAAAAGGUACUGGAAAAUAAGCUAGAAGAUCUACUAAGGAACCAGGUCAAUACUGAUUCUUCUGUAAACGCUUUACUAGAGAAACUGGAGUUUGUGUCCCAAUCGCUUAAUAAAGCCGUGAGGUCUAACGCAUUAAACUUUCCUGCGAGCGUACAAGGUACACACCGAGGACCAGGAAGACCACCAAAGACGAGAACCGGCCUCUCAUCAAUCGCAGCAGCCUUAUCAAUGACCAGCAAAGAUUCCCUACCCGACAGCAACAUCGGGAUUCCCCGUAGCAGAAGAAUGUUUCAAGAUCCCGAGCCCUUACUUUCUGCCGACCCACAGUCUGCCGGGGCCAGGGCAACUAGAGACCAGGGUACUGCCCCUGCGAGCCAGGGUUUACCUCCCGUGAAGAAAAGAGGGCCAGGAAGACCUCCUAAGCGGAAACACCAUUGGUCUGAAAGAAAGCAAGCAGCAUCCUUGCAGGGCCAGGAUGAGAACGCCGUGGAUGAAAAUGAGACUCCUGGGGACGACGAAGCCGCCGUUGAGAGAAACAAUGGUGAAGACAUUGAAGGAGAUGAAGAAGAAGAAGAGGAGGAGGAGGAGGAGGAGGAAGAAGAAGAAGUUGAUGAGGAAGACGAUGACUACGAUGGUUCUGACGAGCCAAAGGUCGAAGAAGACGAACUGUUAUCCCAGUCAUUAGGUAAUGACUCCUCCGUGAGAGUUGACGACUCCUUCUACGAGCAAAAACCUUCUCGUGGCAGAGGUCGCCCGAGCUCAAAAUCUGCAGAGAAAGUCGCGCCGCUGACUUCGGCUCAAAUCAAAAUGCAACAGGAAUUGGAGCGUCGGCGUGAUGCCCGUGAGCAAAUGCUGGUCUCUAUGAAAUACAGUGAUCGCAACAAAGCCAAGGUGUUCAUGGAAUCGAACAAGGAUCUAUUGAGAGCAAUGAGAGAAGAGGAAAGAAGAAAGAGGAUGACUGCUUUCCAUUACGACCCUCACAGCCAUUCGGCAACGCUUUCCUCUGGAAAGACGCCGUCUCCAAAUGGGACACCAGGGAACAGCAGGCGUGUUUCACAAUUUGCUCCCUCGUCGCAGGGUGAUGCGGUGAACAGAGAAAAUGAGGAAUUUCAAAGUAGAACUGCAGAGCAGGAUGCUGUAACUAACGAAUCCCCUCAGGAGGAUGUCGGUUCCAGGACUCCUCAUUCAGAGUCAACUCAGGAAGCUACGGUGACACCAUCCUUGGCUUCAAUAGCUGCCUCUUCCGAUUUCGCGUCUCCUGCUCCAUCGUUGAUUCCUAGAAAAGUGGGGAUUUUGUCAAUGCUGAACGAGGAUGAAGGUGAGGGCUCUGCGAAACGUAAGCUUCCCGAAAAGUAUCACAAUGGAGCCUCGUCCGAAUUCCCUAACAAGAGAGAGAAGUUAGAAGAGGCUGGCGGUCGUGAUUUUAGAUCUAUCAUCCCGAUGCUUCCCGAGAAAAAGGACAACAGAGGACGUCCUGCCAAUAGCAGCAGCAGCGGGGACAACUCCACCGCAUUACUGCUGGCCUCCCCUGUCGAACUUAUAUGCCGAGAGGGCUUCUUCUAUCGCAAAUCUGAUCCAGAGCUGCCCAUAACGACGGGAGAUUAUUUGGAAUUCAAGUUCAAAUCUAAAGAAGCUGAGCUGAUUCGUUUGAAUCUGAGCCAAGUGGACUAUGCAGAGCUCACGAGACAGGAUAGGAUCAAUGCUUAUUUCUUGAAACCUGAUAUUGAACGAGAGACGGAUGUAGCCUCUCGCUUAUUGAGCAAUAUCGUUCUAACUGAAAGAUACGUCAAUAGCCUGGAAUAUUUCAUAAUGGAGUUCCGUUGGGAAAAUAGGCUUGUUGGUUUGGGCCUCAAGCUACGCGAGUCCAAGCGAACCUGGCAAAGGCGUAAGGCGCUAUUCGCUCUUUUCGAAUUUUGGAGAGACAAAUCCCGGGAGAAGAGGGGUUUCCCCGGCUAUACCAUGAUGCACGCUGUUAAAGAAAUGGAAAAUUAUCGUAUAUUCAUCAACAGGUCAGUUUCAUGGUUUUAUAACCAUAUCACGCUCCUCAAGAUGAUUCUUUAUGACUUGUGUGACAAUACUGACACGCAGUGGAGAGAGUGGAUGUUUCCCAAGGGCCAUCCAGUGCCUAUUGUUAGUGACAGCUUGCCUGAGGACAGAUUGAAUGCUGCUAUAGAUCAAGUUUUGACAUUGGACUUUUUGGAAGAUGGUACUGACAAUCGUGACAACAAAGGGUCUUCAGCUAAUGUGAUUGUCGAGACAAGCUCAGCCGCCAAAGAGCCUGAAGCUGAAUGA